AUGGCGGCCGUGGACGCUUCGAAACCCAUUGCUUUCUGCGAGCAUCUUCAACUCUCUAGUCUUGGAAUACAGCCCGCAUCCAUUUCGUUCCAGACUUUGACCCUCGAGUCCGACCACUUUAUUUGUGUUCGAGAAAAGAUAAAUGAGCAGAACCAGGUCGUUAUCAUUGACCUCGCUGACGCCAACAAUGUGCUACGAAGACCUAUAUCAGCCGAAAGUGCAAUAAUGUCCCCCCAUCAAAAAAUUCUUGCUCUUAAAGCUGCACGCACGCUCCAAAUAUUCAAUAUCGAGGCCAAGCAGAAAGUCAAGUCCCAUGUCAGUAACGAAGAUGUCGUGUUCUGGAAAUGGGUUUCCGACACCACCAUUGGCAUUGUCACCGAGUCGGCUGUAUACCAUUGGUCUAUUUCAGACCAAACUUCCCCACCCCAGAAGAUCUUCGACCGUCAUCCAACUCUUGCGGGCGCCCAAAUUAUCAACUACCGUGUUACUCCCGAUGAGAAGUGGCUUGUUUUGAUCGGUAUCUCUGGCAACUCGACGAAUCCUUCCGCAUUCAAAGUGAAAGGUUCCAUGCAGCUAUACAGUCGGGACCGGGGUGUCAGUCAGGCAAUUGAGGGCCAUGCUGCGGCUUUCGCUGAGGUGAAGUUGGACGGCCAUCAGAAGCCUACGAAGCUGUUCACCUUUUCUGUUCGUACCGCUACAGGUGCUAAGUUGCAUGUCGUGGAAAUUGAUCAUCAAGCACCGGACCCACCUUUCGUCAAGAAGGCGGUCGACGUUUACUUCCCGCCUGAAGCCACAAACGACUUCCCCGUGGCUAUGCAAGUGUCGAAGAAGCACGGGAUUGUAUACCUCGUCACCAAGUACGGUUUCAUCCAUCUCUACGACCUUGAGUCGGGCGCCUGCGUCUACAUGAAUCGUAUCUCUGGCGAAACGAUAUUCGUCACUGCCGAGCAUGAGGCCACUAAUGGUAUUAUCGGUGUCAACAAGAAGGGUCAAGUGCUGAGCGUGAAUGUCGACGAGCAGACGAUUAUCCCUUAUAUUUUGACGACUUUGAACAACACGGAGCUGGCCUUCAAGCUUGCCAGUCGAGCGAAUUUGCCUGGUGCUGAUGAAUUGUACAUACAACAAUAUCAACAACUCUUCGCAAGUGGACAAUUCGGCGAAGCAGCUAAAGUUGCUGCUAACUCACCACGGGGCAUUUUGCGUACGAAUGCCGUCAUUGAGUCGUUCAAGCAGGCUCCAGCGCCGCCCGGUGGCCUUUCUCCCAUUUUGCAGUACUUUGGUAUCCUCUUGGAGAAGGGAGAGCUCAAUCACUUGGAGUCAUUAGAACUUGCUCGCCCUGUUCUGCAGCAGGGCCGCAAGCAACUGCUAGAGAAAUGGCUGAAAGAGAACAAGCUUACAUGUAGUGAAGAACUUGGUGAUAUCGUCCGUUUGCACGACAUGACCCUCGCCCUCAGUGUCUACCUGCGAGCAAACGUGCCCAACAAAGUCAUUGCAUGCUUUGCGGAAACCGGGCAAACCGAGAAGAUCGUUCUCUACUCGAAGAAAGUUGGAUAUCAACCGGACUACGUUGCUCUCCUUCAGCACGUCAUGCGUUCAAACCCAGAGAAGGGUGCUGAGUUUGCCUCGCAACUUGUAAACGAUGAGAACGGACCUCUUGUUGACAUUGAGCGGGUGGUCGACAUCUUCAUGUCUCAGAAUAUGAUACAACCUGCUACCUCCUUCCUCUUGGAUGCCCUCAAGGAUAACAAGCCAGAGCAGGGCCCAUUACAAACCCGCCUCCUCGAGAUGAACCUCAUGCACGCUCCCCAAGUCGCAGACGCUAUCUUGGGCAACGAGAUGUUCACGCACUACGACAGGCCAAGAAUCGCCAAUCUUUGCGAGAAGGCCGGCUUGCUUCAACGGGCACUCGAACACUAUGAGGACCUUGCUGACAUCAAGAGGGCAAUUGUGCACACUACUGCUCUUCAACAAGACUGGCUCGUCACCUAUUUCAGCCGCUUGACCACCGAGCAAUCCAUGGCAUGCUUGAACGAGAUGCUACGCGUCAAUAUCCGCCAAAACCUCCAAAUCGUCGUUCAAAUCGCUACCAAGUACUCUGAUAUCCUUGGGCCUGUCAAGCUCAUCGAAAUGUUCGAGAGUUUUAAGAGUUCGGAAGGUCUCUACUACUAUUUGGGCUCCGUCGUCAAUCUCAGUGAAGACCCGGAGGUUCACUUCAAGUACAUCCAGGCUGCGACGCGUACGGGGCAGAUUCGGGAAGUCGAGCGCAUCUGUCGCGAGAGCAAUUUCUACAACCCAGAGAAGGUCAAGAACUUCCUCAAGGAAGCCAAAUUAUCCGACCAGCUCCCCCUUAUCAUCGUCUGCGACCGCUUUGAUUUCGUCCACGACCUCGUUCUGUACCUCUAUCAAAAUGGGCUCACUAAGUUCAUUGAAGUUUACGUGCAACGCGUCAACUCUGUUCGAACUCCCCAGGUUAUUGGUGGUUUGCUGGAUGUCGACUGUGACGAAACGACCAUCAAAGGCCUUUUGGCUUCUGUUACUGGCAACUUCCCCAUUGACGAGCUCGUCCAUGAAGUCGAGCAGAGAAAUCGUCUCAAGUUGAUUCUGCCAUGGUUGGAUGCUCGCGUGCAAGCCGGGUCGCAGGACCCCGCCAUCUACAAUGCCAUUGCUAAGAUCUCUAUCGACAGCAACAGCAAUCCUGAGCAAUUCUUGAAGGAGAACAACCUUUACGAGCCACUCGUUGUCGGCAAAUUCUGCGAGGCUCGCGAUCCAUACCUGGCUUACAUUGCCUACGCUAAGGGUUUCUGUGAUGACGAACUCAUUGCCAUCACCAAUGAUAACUCGAUGUUCAAGCAACAAGCACGGUACCUCGUUAAACGUCGCCAACCUGAAUUGUGGGCCCAAGUCCUUGUACCCGAUAACAUGCACCGCCGCGCCCUCAUUGACCAGGUCGUCGCUACAGCCAUACCCGAGUGCACUGACCCCGACGAUGUGUCUACUACUGUCAAGGCGUUCUUGCAAGCAGAUCUACCCAUUGAGUUGAUCGAACUUUUGGAGAAGAUCAUCCUCGAGCCAUCACCAUUCAGCGACAACCGCAAUCUGCAGAACCUCAUGCUCCUUACUGCUAUCCGUGCGGACAAAGGAAAGGUUGUCGGAUACAUCAACAAACUCCAGAACUACGACCCCGCCGACAUUGCCAAGAUUGCCACGGAGCAUGGUUUGUAUGAGGAAGCGUUCACCAUCUACAAGAAGCACGAACAACAUGCGUUGGCGAUCAAUGUUCUCGUUGAACAUAUCGUUUCCAUCGACCGUGGUUUGGACUACGCGAAGAAGGUCAACAAACCGGAAGUUUGGAGCCGACUCGCCAAGGCUCAGUUGGACGGGUUACGUAUCAAGGACUCUAUCGAUUCUUACAUCAAGGCGGAAGAUGCGUCCAACUUUGCUGAGGUCAUUGAGAUCUCCAACCACGCCGGCAAACAUGACGACCUCGUUCGAUACCUACAAAUGGCCCGCAAGACUCUUCGUGAACCCAAGAUCGACACUGAACUUGCUUACGCGUACGCGAAGACCGACCGGCUGCACGAUAUGGAAGACUUCCUCGGUAUGACCAACGUCGCCGAUAUUCUCGAAGUCGGAGAGAAGUGCUUCGAAGACGAGCUGUACCAAGCCGCGAAACUCUUGUUCACCAGCAUCUCUAACUGGGCACGUCUCGCCACCACCCUCAUCUACCUCGGUGAAAACCAGGCCGCUGUUGAGAGUGCUCGCAAGGCUGGCAAUACCCAGGUAUGGAAGCAGGUGCAUGCUGCUUGUAUCGAGAAGUCCGAGUUCCGCCUGGCUCAAAUCUGUGGUCUGCACAUCAUUGUGCAUGCGGAGGAACUUGCCGCACUCGUGCAGAUGUACGAAUACCGGGGUCAUUUCGAGGAGAUCAUUUCGUUAUUGGAAGCUGGUUUGAGUCUUGAAAGAGCUCACAUGGGCAUCUUCACCGAACUUUCGAUCCUUCUUAGUAAAUACAAGCCAGCGAAACUGAUGGAACAUCUUAAACUCUUCGUUUCGAGGAUCAACAUACCGAAGGUCAUCAAAGCUACGGAAAAAGCCCACCUUUGGCCCGAGUUGGUUUUCCUGUACAUCAAAUACGACGAGUUUGAUAACGCAGCACUGGCAAUGAUUGAACGAUCGGCUGACGCCUGGGAACACAAUCAAUUCAAGGAGGUCAUCGUUCGUGCAGCUAACGUCGAAAUCUACUACAAGGCACUUUCGUUCUACCUGCAAGAACAGCCGACGCUGCUCACCGAUCUUCUUACCGUCCUCAUCCCUCGCAUUGAUCACGCCCGUGUCGUUCGCAUGUUCGACCAAAUAGAACACACUCCUCUCAUCCGCCCAUACCUCAUCGCCGUCCAACACCUCAAUAUCGAAGCCGUCAACGUCGCCUAUAACAAACUUCUCAUCGAGGAGGAAGACUAUAAGACGUUGCGCGACUCAAUCGAUAGCUUCGACAACUUCAACAACAUCCAACUUGCUCAACAGUUGGAGAAACACGAACUCCUCGAAUUCCGUAGACUUGCCGCCCACCUAUACAAGAAAAAUGGUCGCUGGGAAGAGUCCAUUGCCAUGUCGAAACAAGACAAGUUGUACAAGGAUGCUAUGAUUACGGCUGCCGCUUCGGCUUCAACAGAGGUCGCAGAGGAGUUGCUAUCGUACUUCGUGGACAUUGGGAACAAGGAGUGUUUCGCCGCCAUGCUCUAUCUUUGCUUCGACCUUCUCCGAUCAGACAUCAUCGAAGAACUUUCAUGGCGACACGGUCUUAACGAUUUCUAUAUGCCCUACAAAAUACAAGUACAGCGAUCGCUGGUCGAUAAGCUGGCGCAAUUGGAGAAGGACUUCCACGAGAGACUAAAGAAGGAGACCAAGAAGGAGCAGGAGGAGGCAGAGGCCCCCAUCAUUAACCCUGGUGGAUUUGGAAACCAACUUCUCCUCACAAACGGGUUUGGGGGUCAAGCCCCUCCAAUGCCAAUGCCAAUGCCUAACGGUGUCGGUAUGAUGCCGACUAUGACUGGCUUCGGCGGUGUAUUCUAG